AUGAACCAAAGGACAACAACACCAAAAUCAGGGGACUCGGAGGGGUCCGGAGGGGAAAGUGAUAUUUUGAACCUGUCCUCAUUCCCAGGAGACAUAAAGUCGACAGUAGACACUCAGUGCUGUGGCAUUGAGACAAACAGCAUUAAACAGCUUUUAAACGAGUUCAAGGGACUGUACGAGCAAAGGCUGAGAUGUCUGGAGUUGGACACCACUAUAAACCAAGAGGAAACACUACAGAGGAAAGUGGAUUUCCUGCAGUCUUAUGUGAAUGACCUCACAGAACAGAACCAGGUGUUGGUUCAGACCAUUGAAGAUCUGCAGAAGGAAGCUGACCACAACGUUUCCCAUUUGGGAUUGAAGCUACGGACCUCUGAUCGUAUUUUGGAUGUGUCUGAGGUUGAGCAGAAGACUUUGUUGCUGGAUGAGCUUGUUGAACCAAUACCUGACAUCUCACACAAGCCCGGUUCCUGGGUCCAGAUUGCCUCAGAGUUAGAGGAGCUAAAAAUCCAAUUGCAAACCAAGGACAUGGUAAUCCGUGAUCUGGAGAGGGAGCUGAGAGAGAAUAUACAGCAAAAGCUGGUGCACCUGAAAAGUGAGCUGUCUUGUCUGCAACGGAUCCAGAAAGACAACAUGAAGGAGAUUGCUGAGAAAGACAUUUGCAUCACCAAACUGCAAGCUAACAUUCAGCUGCUGCAACACGAGGGUGUCGACGCACAUGCUCAGCUCUCCAAGCUGAAUGUGAAAGUGAGAGAGCUGCAGGAGGAGCUGAGGAGAAAAGAGGAAGAGUGGAUGCAAAGAGAAGCCGAACAAAGACUGAAAGGCUUAGAGGAGGAGAGAAAGGCCCACACUCAAGCUAUUAAAAAGUGGGCUGAGAAGACAGCUAUUUUGAAUUCUGAGAUAAAAGAAAAAGAGGAGCAUGUGAGACACCUGGACCAGGACCUGGUCAGUUUGCAAGCUACACAGGACUCUCUGAAGAGAACCUUGGCUAUGAAGGAGAAACACACACAACAGCUGUUCCAAGACAACACACAGCUUAAAGACAGCCUGGCUGCACUGCAGAGCAAAUUACAGACAAGUGAGUACAUGGUGAAUGACAUAAGUGAGACCCUGGAUCAGGCUAAAGCCAGUGUGAAUGUGGAGAGGCAGCAGAGGCAGCAGAUCCAGGACCAGUUUGAGCGUGCCAGCAAAGAGGUGGAGCGUCUGCAGCAGGAACUAACUUGUGUGCGUCACACCACUGAAAAGAAGAUUCAGAAGAGGGAGAUUAAGAUGUGCGCACUAGUCAAGGAGCUUGCGGAGAGUAAAAAGCAGCAGUCUGACUGUCAGAAAAAGUUGCUGGGUCGAGAGACGGCUUUGGAGAAGCUAUGUGAGGAGAGAGAUGAGCUGAGAGCCCAGAUGGAGGACAAGAGCAGAGAGUGUGUCCACCUUAACCACACCAAAGAGAGACUAGAGGCUGACUUGGCUCUGAGCCAUGAGAAACUCCACACCUCACACCUGGAGGUUCGAAGCAGAGAUCAGUUAAUUCUGCAGUUGAGAGCUGAAAUGAAGACAGCUGAGCAGACGCAUCAAGGGACACAGAAACAGGUGGUAGCACUGGAGGGUGAGGUCAGACGUUUGAACCAAAAGGUCAGAGGUCACCAAAAAGAGACCAGUCAGUUAACCGAAAAGGUGAGAGAUACUGAGCACCUUAAAGACCAGAAGGAGAAAGACCAACAGCAGCUACAUGACCAGCUCUGUAUUAGUCAGCAACAGCUGGAAUUUCUUCAUCAGCAGCUUACAGCAGCCAAGAAGCAGCUGAAAGAGGCCAGUUUGCAAGCCGAUGAGCAGAAAGAAACGGUCACAAUUGUGAAACAAAAGUACACAGCAGCAAUAGAGAAGGUGCAUAAGGUGCAAGGGAGGGUGGGACUUUUAGAAGAGGAGCUACGGUAUUCACAGCAACAGCUGAGAGAGUCCCAAUUAGCAAGUCAUUCAGUGAAGGAAGAGCUGGCUGAGCUGGAGCGGCGGUACCAUGAAAAAGUUGGCCAAUGGGAGAGCUCGCAGGAGGCUCUCGACCAGUUGACAGAUGAGCUCCAGGUCAAUCAGAAUCAACUGAGGGAGAGCCAGCAAAAAGUUGACCACUUCAAAAGCCUGAUGGGUACCUUGCAUGAGCAGGUGGACACACUCAAACAGCAGAAACUGAUGAUUGAGGGUGACCUAAGGCUGUAUCAACAGAGUCAUUCUCAUUCUGAUGAGGAGUACCUCAGCCUGCUAAAACACAGACAGCAGCUACAUAAGCGCUGCACUGAGCAGGUCGAGCGCCUUGCGGAGUGUGAAAAGGCUAUUCUUCAGAUGAAGUCAGAGCUGGAGAGACAAAAUCAAGAAAAGGCGGAUCUGAAGCAAAGUCUUGUUGUGUCCCGCCAUACACUCCUAACCAAUCGCAGCCAGCUGGAACAAGAAGUGACACGCCUUAACAAGGAAGUUACACGCUUAGAACUUGAGCUAGUGGACACUCAAAAGGUACACAUGAUGCUCCUCAGGCAGUCAGAAGAAGAUUUGAUGGAGGCCAAGCAAGAGGCUGCGAAAAGGAGCAGGAAUGCGGAUGUUCAGAAAGGAGAGGUGCACAGACUUCAGAAAGAGAUACAAAAAGAGGAGGAGAAGGUGAUGAGCUCCCUCAGAGAGAAACAGAGCCUGAGCAGCUACAUCAGGCAGCUGAGCCAAGAGCUUGAGGACCUACGAAGCAAGCAUCAACUGACAGUGGAGGAGUUGGCAGCCUGUGCAGAGGAGGCGAGGCGGAUGGCGGGGUGCCUGAAUGAGGGAAAGCUAGCAGAGGAGAAAAUAAGGUCAAUGGUUGUGAAGCUGGAGACAGAGGCAGGAGAGCUCAGGAAGAACCUCCAGCAGUCUGUCGAUCAAAAACUGAAGGCACAGAGAGAGAAACAGGAUGCACAGGACCAGGUGGACACACUCCGGUCUGAGCUGGAGGUGAUGUGGUCAAACAAUACAAACCUUCGCCAUGAGAGCCAGCUGGUCAUGGAUAAUGUCAACCGUUGGAUCACUGAACAAAAGAAUUCCAAUGAGAGCCUCACUGCCCAGAUGAAGGCCCAAAACAAGAUGCUGCUCAUCAUCACUGAAGAAAAAGCACAUCUUCAGGAGGCUAAUGACACAUUGAAGGUGGAGGUAAAGAGGCUGAGAGAAGUGGUGGAUGAGAAGGAGAGGGAGAUGGGACGCUUCAAGGCCCAGAUCCGAGACAAGGGCGCACGGCAAGACGAGACAACCAUGGAAAAGCAGGGUUGUGUGGCUCUAAAUCUCAGCAAAAUCGAGGACAUGCAGACCAGACUGCGAAGCAACCUGGAGGCCAUCAGAAUGCUAAAUCAACAAUUAAACGCCCUCAGCGGAGAGAAUAAGCGGUUGCGUAGGCAGCUGGAGGAGGAGAGGUCCAUGCGUAGACAAGUGGAUCGACUGCUCCCUCCCUCCCAGCACUCUUCCUCCGUUCACCUCCCCCAUUCCCCAAGUGCCCACCCACCUCCUCCCUCCGCCUCCUUUCCUUCAUCCCUCCGCCUCCCUCAUCCCUUGAGCCUGGAACGAGUGAAAGGGGACACUGAUGGGAUUCUAACCCAAACCAAGCUGAGCAGAACUGGGGAAGAGAGACCAGGUGAGUCCCAGGCUUUGGGUAAGAACUUCCUGGACCAGGCCCACUGCAGAGUGAUCUGUCUCAGCCUCUCUGGAAGAUGGUUGGUCUGGGAGGACAAGCAGGGAUCUGACCAAAUAAAGCCCCCAGAAGACUUUGACCUGUCAUGA